GCACGCGUCUUCGUAGAAAGAUGGAUUGCUAACUUUGGAUGCCCAUCUUCCAUAACAACUGAUCGCGGGCGGCAAUUCGAAAGUGGCUUAUUCUUUGCCCUGACUAAAAUAUUAGGUUGCAUGCGAUUUCGAACAACAGCCUACCAUCCUCAAGCUAAUGGUAUGGUAGAACGUCUACACAGACAGCUGAAAGCUGGUCUGUCAGCUGCAAACACCACCCAUUGGACUGAAUCCCUGCCGUUAGUUCUCCUAGGGAUACGAAACGCCUUGAAAACCGAUGCUGGUUGUACUAGCGCCGAGCUAGUAUAUGGCACGACACUGCGACUGCCUGGUGAAUUUGUUUCUCCCUCGAGCUUCCCACCAGUGGUAGAUCACGCUUCAUACGUCAGCAGGCUUACAAACGCAAUGCGUUCAGUUAAACCUGCUCCCCUUCGUCCACAGUCCAUUGAUGUUUUCGUUCAUCCGUGUUUGAAAACUUCUUCACAUGUAUUUGUUCGUCGCGACUCUGUGCGCAGACCCCUGGAACCCCCAUAUGACGGACCUUAUAAGGUUAUUAAACGUUCUGAUAAAUUCUUUGUCUUGGACAAAAACGGCCGCGAGGACACCGUCAGCAUUGACCGUCUGAAACCGGCUUACUUGGAGGGUAAUCCUAUUAGCAUAGAGCUGAACGUACCCCAAAAUCCACAAGUAACAGAAGAUCGUGUAGACAUCGAUGAAGUCGCUAGCACAGCGACAGCUACCGAACCUUCUAUCGAGCCCCCAAGAAAACCCGUUCUGGACGCACCGUAAGGUUCCCAGAAUAUCUGCACACUUAUUUGACUUAACGAAUUCGUGUGAUUCACGCAACUCACUCGUUUGUGG